GGAUCGGCUGGGCUGGCGCCGUCUGCAUCUGUUCGCGGGAGAGGGAAAAAGAACUGCAUUACAUUUUUCGUGGACGAGUUAAAUAAAUAAAAAAAAGAUCAUUAACAACCCUGGAAUAAUACAACACUCUUUACAGAGUUUCCAGGCCGGAUCACUUGAUACGACACAAAAAGCGGCCUGGGAGGAAUGGAGGACGUCACGCAUGCCCUUGCUCUGUUCUAAGCUUGUUUCUGAACGUCCGAGGAGUUACAGCUGGGACAUCUGUGGACAAGGCGAACCCUGGAAUGAUGCGUUUGCUUCUCCACCAACUGCACUUCAGCUGGCCAAGGCAAACCAUGGGCUUCUUCUGAGGACCAGAUCGACGACAGCGAUUGACUGAAACCUGUCGGGAUUCUUUAGCUUCUCGUUAAACUUGGAUGAGCGAAUAAAUUCCGGAUUUUUUAAGGAAGGAAAAUAAAAACAGCCGGACUCAUCAUCCAGCCUUUUUCAUUUUUACAUUGGUUGGCACCCUCAAAUGGAGAGGUUAAGGAGAGAAUCAGGGUAGAACGAUAGAGACAGAGAAGGCUGCUUAGUUCACAGGUAGUUUAAUUGGAUUUUGUGAGGUUAGUCCCCCAGCGUUAUUCCAACCGAGCUCAUACUUAUGAGGUCAGACUUCAGAGCCAGCUAGUCGGAAAACGAGUCUGCUUCUAUCGCUGCUACUGGAUUAAAAGUUAAAGGACAGAGUGGGAAUAAGAAAGGAUUGGAAGAUGAGCAGAAAAAGUCUUUGUGGAGGCCGGUCACUGCUGGCCUUUUCGCUGGUUGGGCUGUUGGCGUCAGUAAUGGCUCUGGAGUUCGGCGGGGCGCCGGGUCAGUGGGCUCGGUACGGGCGAUGGGAAGCUGGUUCGGGGGGUGAGCUGAGCUUCAGCCUGAAGACGAACGUCAGCAGGGCGUUGGUGCUCUACCUGGACGACGGCGGCAACUGUGACUUCCUGGAGCUCCUGAUCGUGGACGGGAGGCUCCAGCUUCGCUUCACCAUCCACUGCGCCGAGCCGGCGAUCCUCCACACGGAGACGCCGGUGAGCGACGAGCGCUGGCACAUGGUGCUGCUCACGCGCAACUACCGCGAGACCAUGCUGGUGGUGGACAGCGAGGCCAAGGUGGCCGAGGUCAAGUCCAAGCGCCGCGAGAUGGCCGUGGUCAGUGACCUCUUCGUGGGCGGCAUCCCCCCCGACGUGCGCCUCUCCGCCCUCACCUCCAGCACCGUCAAGUACGAGCCCCCCUUCCAGGGCCUGAUCGCCAACCUGAAGCUGGGCGAGACCCCGCCCACCCUCCUCAACAGCCAGGGCAUUCAGAGCGAUCUGGAGUAUCUGUGCACCAAGCAGAACCCGUGUCUGAAUGGGGGCCUGUGCUCGAUCCAGCAAGGAGAAGUGCACUGCGACUGCACACUCACCCACUACAAGGGGAAGUACUGCAGCGAAGCCGAGGAGUACGCCGUGGAAGGUCUGGCGCACCUGAUGUUAAACAACCAAGGAGAUUCAUCACAAUCCGGGAAGGAGGAAUCGGUGGCCACCUUCAAAGGCAACGAGUUCUUCUGCUACGACCUGUCACUGACGCCCAUCCAGAGCAGCACGGACGAGAUCACGCUCUCCUUCCGCACGCUGCAGCGCAACGGGCUCAUGCUGCACACGGGCAAGUCGGCCGACUACGUCAACCUGUCACUGAAGAACGGCGCCGUCUGGCUCGUCAUCAACCUGGGCUCGGGCGCCUUCGAGGCGCUGGUGGAGCCCGUCAACGGCAAGUUCAACGACAACGGCUGGCAUGAUGUCCGCGUCACUCGCAACCUGCGCCAGCACGCAGGCAUCGGACACGCUAUGGUGACUAUAUCGGUGGAUGGGAUUCUCACCACCACGGGCUACACCCAAGAGGACUACACCAUGCUCGGGUCCGAUGAUUUCUUCUACAUCGGGGGGAGCCCCAACACGGCGGACCUGCCCGGGUCACCCGUCAGCAACAACUUCAUGGGCUGCUUAAAAGAUGUGGUGUACAAGAACAACGACUUCAAGCUGGAACUGUCCCGCCUGGCCAUCGAGCGCGACCCCAAGAUCAGCCUGCACGGCGACCUGGUCUUCCGCUGCGAGGAUGUGGCCGCCCUGGAUCCCGUCACCUUCGAGACCCCAGAGUCCUACAUCGCCCUGCCCAGGUGGAACACCAAAAAGACGGGCUCCAUCUCCUUCGACUUCCGCACCACGGAGCCCAACGGCCUGCUGCUCUUCAGCCACGGCCGGCCCAAGGAGCAGCGUGCCGACCGCCACCCCAAGGUCGACUACUUCGCCAUCGAGCUCCUGGAAGGCUUCCUCUACCUGCUCAUGGACAUGGGCUCUGGCAGCGUGAAGAUGAAGGCCAGCAACAAGAAGGUCAAUGACGGCGAGUGGUGCCACGUCGACUUCCAGAGGGAGGGCCGCAAAGGUUCCAUAUCGGUCAACAGCCGCAGCACGCCGUUCUUCUCCAACGAGGGCAGCGAGAUCCUGGACCUGGACAGCGACAUGUUCCUGGGGGGUCUGCCGGAGAUGCGCUCGGACCUGAUCCUGCCCCCCGGUGUGUGGACGGCGCUGCUCAACUACGGCUACGUGGGCUGCGUGCGCGACCUCUUCAUCGACGGCAAGAGCCGCGACGUGCGGCGCCUGGCGGAGAUGCAGAGCGCUCCCGGCGUCAGCAGCUUCUGCACCCGCGAGUUCCAGCGCAAGUGCGCCGGCGUGCCUUGCGCCAACGCUGGCCAAUGCCGCGAGGGCUGGAACCGCUACAUCUGCGACUGCACCGGUACCGGCUUCCUGGGCUACAACUGCCAGACAGAGGCCACGGUGCUGAGCUACGAUGGCAGCAUGUACCUGAAGAUCAUGAUGCCCAGCGGCGUGCAUACGGAGGCGGAGGACGUGGCCCUCAGGUUCAUGUCCCAGAGAGCGUACGGCCUGCUGACGGCCACCACCUCCAAGGAGUCGGCCGAUACCCUGCGACUGGAGCUCGACGGCGGCAGGGUCAAGCUCACCGUCAACCUAGAUUGUAUCAGGAUAGACUGUAACCUCAGCAAGGGACCGGAGACGCUGUUCGCAGGACAGAAGCUCAACGACAACGAGUGGCACUCGGUGAAGGUGGUGCGUCGCGGCAAGAGCCUGCAGCUCUCGGUGGACAACGUCACCGUGGAAGGCCAAAUGACUGGUGCACACACGCAACUGGAGUUCCACAACAUCGAGACGGGCAUCAUGACGGAACGCCGCUUUAUCUCUGUGGUGCCGUCCAACUUCAUCGGGCACCUCCAGGGGCUCUCCUUCAACGGGGUGCCCUACCUGGACCAGUGCAAGAACGGGGACAUCUCCUACUGCGAGCUGAAUGCCCGCUUUGGCAUGCGCCACAUCAUCGCCGACCCCGUGACCUUCCGGAACAAGGCCAGCUACCUGGCGCUGGCCACCUUACAGGCCUACGCCUCCAUGCAUCUCUUCUUCCAGUUUAAGACCACGACCUCCGACGGCCUGCUCCUCUUCAACAGCGGAGACGGCAGCGACUUCAUCGUGGUGGAGCUGGUCAAGGGGUAUGUCCACUAUGUCUUUGACCUGGGCAAUGGGCCUUCACUCAUGAAGGGCAACUCAGAAAAACAGCUUAACGACAACCAGUGGCACAGUGUGGUGGUUUCCCGGGACGCCAACAACGUGCACACCCUCAAGAUCGACUCCCGCACCGUGACGCAGCACUCCAACGGAGCCCGCAACCUGGACCUCAAAGGAGAGCUGUACAUCGGGGGUGUCGCCAGAAGCAUGUACAACAGCCUGCCCAAGCUGAUCGCGUCCCGGGACGGGUACCAGGGCUGUCUGGCCUCCGUGGACCUCAAUGGGAGGCUGCCGGACCUGAUAGCAGACGCUCUCCACAGGGUGGGGCAGGUGGAGCGGGGCUGCGACGGCCCCAGUACUACCUGUACGGAGGAUUCCUGUUACAAUCAGGGCGUGUGUCUGCAACAAUGGGAGGGCUUCUCCUGCGACUGUACCAUGACGUCCUACGGGGGCUCGUUCUGCAGCGACCCUGGGACCACGUACAUUUUCGGGCGAGGAGGAGCCCUCAUCACCUACACCUGGCCUCCCAACGACCGGCCGAGCACGCGGGCAGACCGGCUGGCGCUGGGCUUCAGCACGCAGCUGAAGGAGGCCGUCCUGGUGCGGGUGGAGAGUGCCUCGGGACUGGGAGACUACCUGGAGCUGCACAUAGAGCGUGGAAAGAUCGGCGUGAUCUUCAACGUGGGCACGGACGACAUCACCAUCGACGAGCACGCCGUCACGGUGAGCGACGGCAAGUACCAUGUGGUGCGUUUCACCCGCAGCGGCGGCAACGCCACACUCCAGGUGGACAACCAGCCCGUCAUCGAGCGCUACCCGUCAGGGAGCUUUGAUAAUGAGCGCCUGGCUAUUGCCAGACAAAGAAUCCCGUACAGACUUGGUCGGGUAGUUGACGAGUGGCUACUCGACAAAGGGAGACAGUUGACCAUCUUCAACAGCCAGGCGUCGAUCAAGAUCGGGGGCAAAGACCGAGGUCGGCCGUUCCAGGGCCAGAUCUCGGGGCUCUACUAUAACGGCCUGCAGGUUCUGAAGCUGGCGGCCGAGGGCGACCCCAAUGUGCAGUCCGAGGGGAACCUGAGACUGGUGGGGGACGUGCCGUCCGUCCUGACCACGGAGACCACCUCCGCAACCCCCCUGGCCGACAUGUCCACCACCAUUAUGGAGACCACCACCACCAUGGCCACCACUACCACCCGCAAACAGCGCUCACCGACAAUGAGGGAUAGCGUCACACAGAACACGGAUGACAUCCUCGUGGCCUCAGCCGAGUGCCCCAGCGAUGACGAGGACCUCGAGGAAUGUGAGCCGGGCACUGGAGGGGAAUUAGUCUUGCCAAUAAUUACGGUGGAUUCCCUAGACCCCCCGUCUAUCGCCACCCGUUACCCAGUCAUCCCCCCGCCCCCCACCUACCGCCCCUUUGUCACCCUGAUCGACACCACCAAAGAGUCCCUGACACUGGCCAACGCCCGCCCCCCCUGCCCCCUGGACCAGGAGGACUGCGAGGACCCCAUUGAGGUGUCAGCCUAUGGCUCGGGGGAGAUGACCGAGUCUGAUGACGAGGACUAUUAUAAGAACUCCCCCCUCGUCACCGACAGGACGGUCCUUCCGCCCCCACCGGCGGCAGAGGGCGGGGUCCAGCACCCCCGCGACCGCCACAGCCCCACCGCCAACCCCGACCACCUGCCCCGCCACAAGCCGGCUGUCAGCGGGGGUCACAUCCCCGCUGGCAAAAUGAACACCCGCGACCAGGUCCUCCUGCCCCCUGCCCCCCCUUCCUACAACCCCGACCAUGGCGGGCGACAUCGGCACCCCCCGGGAAUAACUCACCCCCCCAAUUUCCGCCAUGUGCCCACAGCCAACCCCACCGCCUCAGGAGAGAGGGGCCCCCCCGGCGCGGUGGAGGUGAUCCGAGAGUCCAGCAGCACCACAGGUAUGGUGGUGGGCAUCGUGGCCGCCGCGGCGCUCUGCAUCCUCAUCCUGCUCUACGCCAUGUACAAAUACCGCAACCGCGACGAGGGCUCCUACCAGGUGGAUCAGAGCCGCAACUACAUCAGCAACUCGGCCACGCAGAGCAACGGCGCCGUGGUCAAGGAGAAGCAGCCUGGGGCCGCCAAGACCGUCACCAAGAACAAGAAGAACAAGGACAAGGAGUACUACGUGUGAGAGCGGCCCCAGGGAGAGAGAGACGGAGAGAGGGAGGAGGAGAGAGAGGAGAGGAACAUGGAAGAGCGUGGACCCACCUUCAGACAGCAUCCAAUCCCACCUCACCCUCCUUCAGCAUUUCCACACAACCAUCAGUCCAAACCCCAUGCUUUGGCGAAAAGCUCCUCUCAUCCUUCCUCUUCUCCCUGAGGUCAACACUGCAGGGAAGAGAGAGAAGAGUCGACACGGAAGGGUGAAGUCUAUUCUUUCCUUCGGACGGACAAAAAACCCAACUCGCUCUCAUCAACCGAUGCUGUUUCUUUCUUAGCUUUCUAAGUGUGAUUUUACUCUUUUAUUUUCACAUUACGGUUUGUCUUUUCCUUUCUCCGGCACAGUAACUCAGCUCGUUCACUCUUGUAACGCACACGAGACCCAGGAUUCGUCCUCGUGUUCUGUAAAUAUCGUGCCGGUUGGCAUUUCCAAAGUAUCGCCCAGGCUAGCGAGUAGGGAAUCGAACCUGGGACGAGCCAGGACUGGAAGAGAACCUUGUUACCGCUUUGCGAGCCGCGGGAGACAGACGCUUGUGGAACGAAACUCGGGGUCGCGAGUUUUCCGGAAGGCUCCGUCUCGAGACAGGCUUCGCCCAGGCAAACCCAGGCACGGCAGGAUCUCCCAGGUUACCCGAACGCUCUGAGGCAGACCCAGGCAGAUCCGAAAACCGACGGCAUCGAGGACACCUUGUGCAGGAUGCGUUCCGACAUUCCAGAGCCCUCCCCCCACCCCUGUCCAACCUUGGAUUGCCUUCCUCCUCGUCUCUCACGGUCCCCCCUCCCUCCGCCUCUCUUCAUCCACGGUGCUAAGGUGCUAAUGCAACAUUAUUCAGCUGUCUUUUGAGCAUGUCGUAUUCACUAACUAAAAGCAAAAGGCUGUUUCAGUGCUAAAUGAAAAAAAAAAAAAACGUGUUAAAUAACUAAACGUGGUGACGACAAAAUUGAGAAACUUCAAUCCUCCGCCAAACCCUGAGGCCAAAAAACCCCGGAUUAUUCUUCUGGGCCAAUUUGUCUAAGAUUUGCUGGGGCUCCAAUACUAUGAAGCUGCCACAGAGUCCUGGAGGGAACAGAUCCUGAAAUCCAGUUCUUCAAAGUCACAGAACGAGAGAAAUUCUACUGCUGCAAAAACAAAAAGACAAAAAAAAAAAGAAACGAACUUUGCUAUAUUCGCAUAUGUAUCAAGAAAACAGUGAACUUCAUUGAAAGCUUAUUGGAAAUUGAAGUUAAAAAAUGGCAGGCUCUGAGCAUUCUGGGAAAUUAAACGUGAGGAAAAGACUCGAAAGACUCUCCACACACGCGAAAAAGGACCCGGCAGUCGUCUUUGUAAAUGCCUGUUUGACUGAGCCCAGUGCACGGGACGGAAAAGUGAGGAAUCUGCAAAGUGAAAAUGACUUGUGGAGAUCUGUGUCUCUGCUGGGAAGCCAUCCAUGCGUAUGGAAAGCUCGCAACCUCUUCUUUCCGCAGAGUCGAGACGAAGAACCACAAGAAGGAGCUGAAAACUUUUGCCGAAGGAAUAAUUACAUUUCCUUUGAGAUCAAACAAACGUCUAGUAUUCUAAUUUUCUUGAUUCCACAAAAAAAAAACUGUUCCAUGAAAAGAAAAAAUAUUGAAAACGUUUGUGAGAUGUCUAGAUAUUUGAACCUUACCAUUACUGAAAAUAAUGUGUUUUCCCUGUUAUUCUUGUUUAAGAAAACGAAAAAAGAAAAUCUGGAAAAUUUCGAUUUGUAUAUUUUUUUUUUCUUAAUUAAACAAAAUGUGGUUUGGGUUGAAAGGUUAUUUAAAACGGGGUUUCUCCAUGACAGCGUGAGGGAAAAAAAAAAAAAACAUUGAAAGAGUUAAACACCUUAAAAUACCAUCUCAGUCAUUUUUGUGCCACAUUAAUGUACAUUACAUUUUCAUAGGGACAUUACUGAUUGUACGUAAAAUGACUCACCCAAGAAGGCAGGGACGGUUUCGUUUCAGUUCAGUAUGUUUUUACCAUUUCGUUUGUACAUGAACGAACGAGCACAGCUCCACAUCCAGAGGGUAGCAGCAGUCAUUCACAUUAUUAAAUGACGUUCCGUACAUUUUUAAUUGAUUUAAUUUAUUUUUAUAUAUUUUGACAGACUGUGUAAACAUAGGCUGCUCUCCGCAUACCCCUGUUCUUACUAAAUGUUAUUGUAAAGUGUUACAGUGAGAUUAAUCUAAAUAUGUGUACAUUAUCAAAGGAAAAAUACAAUUGGUUAUAUACUUCUUA